AUGGAAAGGAGUUACAGUAUUUCAAACUCUUUCAACGCAACACAAAUAUUUCUCGAUCCACAUUCUAAACAAAUUGAAGAUUUUCGAGCCUUGUUGCCAACCAAUACAUUUGUGAUAUCCAAUGAACAUAAGGUGCAAUCAUCGUCCACUAACUCUGUUUCAUGGAAAGAUGAAUUCUUUGAUAGAAAUGAAAGAAAGACAAUUCAGGGUAUUGUUUAUGCCGAUACGGAAAUGAAAUGUGUUACUGCUGCGACAGUUGUUCGAGUCGAAUAUAAUCCUAUAUGGUAUUAUAUUGCAUGCAGAUUUUGCGAUAAUACAGUUCAUCCAAUAGAAUCUGAUUCUACCGAUGACGAUUCUUUGCUAUUUGAUUGUAGAGAAUGUGGCGAAGCUGUCUCAGAUGUUAUAGCCAGAGAUAAGAUUCUUACUUUUGAUAAAAUCGCUAGCGCAUUUCUCCGUGUUCAAGCAGAUACUUUAGCUGAGGAGGUUGCUGAGGACGGAACUUUGGUGCUUCAACGAGCUCUUUCUGAUUUGGUUGGGAAGAAGCUCCUUUUCAAAAUCGGAAUAGGAACGGAGAAUCUGACUAACAGACGUCAAACUUAUAAAGUCGAGAUCGUUGUCGAUGAUGCAGAUAUGUUGAAUAAGUUUGAAAAUCAUGGAAUUCGGUCCCUCGAACAUGAUUUAGAACUUAGGGAUGUUGGUAAUUCGAGGAAGCUGAGAGCAGAUAUCGUGGAGCUUCUGAAGAAGAUGUUAGAUGAUCAUAAUCCUCAUGUUAAAGCCUUAAGAACUGCACGCGAACAAUUUGUUGGGAAUCCAAAUUCUAAAGGUUUUAAGUUGGUUCUUGCAAGUGGCCAAACUACUGAUGGUCGAACGCAUAACUUACCUACUGAGAACGAUGUGGCGGCUUUGAUACCUGGUGAUUUCAAUAUGUUAACAGAAAAAAAGAGACAUCGUUAUUCAAAGCAAUAUCCGUUAUUGUUUCCGUAUGGUGAAGAUGGUUUUAGAUUAGGUAUUGAUAUUGGCUAUGUUGAUACAUCUGGAAGGAAACGCACAACCGUUACAAUGCGCGAGUUUUUCGUAUUUCGCAUUCAAGACAGGCAUGGAGAAUCCCCAAUCAUUAUGAUGUCUGGGAGAUUGUAUCAGCAGUUUCUGGUUGACGCAUAUACGAUGGUAGAAUCAAAUAGGUUUCGUUAUAUAUGGCAUAAUCAAAAGAAGCUACGGUGUGACAGCUUUGAUAAGAUUGAACAAUCUGGUGAACGUGGCAAUAAUGAUCUUUCUGAACAAGGAAAAAAGGUGCUUAUACCUGCUUCAUUCACGGGAAGUAAGAGAUUCAUGAGAAAACAUUAUCUAGACGCGAUGGCAACAUGCAAGUACUACGGAUACCCGGAUUUUUUCAUAACAAUUACUUGCAAUCCAAAAUGGCCUGAGAUAACGAGGUUUUUGGAAAAACAUGAUCUAAAGAUCGAGGAUCGACCAGAUAUUUGUUGCAGGAUUUUUAAAAUGAAGCUCGAUAAUUUAGUGAAUUAUCUAACGAAAGACCACGUUAUGGGCCACGUUAACUCAGAUCUCUUAAAGCGUUUUCGGGCACAUGUUAACGUUGAGUGGUGCAACCAAACCAGGUCUAUAAAGUACCUAUUCAAAUAUAUAAACAAGGGUCCAGAUUACAUUAGAGCAGCAAUCGAGGAUGAAGACGGUAACCCCGUUAUAUCCCAAGAUGAGGUUGAGCAACAUUUCAAUUGCAAAUACAUUUCACCGUAUGAAUCUUCAUGGAGGCUUCUAAAGAUUCCUACACAGUACCGAACCACGGCAGUAAUGCAACUUUCGUUUCAUUUGCCUGGUAAACAAAUGUGUAUAUAUCACGAAGGAGAGAGCGUUGACCAAGUCUUAAACAAGGCAUCGGUAGGUCAGUCACAAUUUAUAGCGUGGAUGGAGGCAAACAAGGAACAUGCCUUGGCAAAGGAGCUAACAUAUGCUGAUUUCCCAACAAAAUUCGUCUGGAUCUCAAAGCAGCGGCAAUGGAGGAUACGAAAACAAGGUUUUGCCAUAGGCAGACUGGUGUAUGUCUCACCUUCCGCUGAAGACGCAUAUCAUUUGAGGAUUCUUCUCAAUAUAGUCAAGGGCCCUGAGAGUUUUGAUGACUUAAAAAAGGUUAAUGGUGUUAUAUACUCUUCCUUCCGAGAAGCAUGCUUUGUGCUUGGUUGGAAUGCUACUUGGAAAAUAUUAACCGAGGAUUUCUUAUAUCAGAAAAGGCGUGAAGAGAAUGACCCAGGUUUGGUGUUGACUGAAGCCCAAUAUAAGAAUCUUGGUUUGUCAGAUAUAGAGAAGUAUAUGCGCAGAAACGGUCAUUCAUUAUCCGACUAUAAAGGAGAGAUGCCAGUCCCUGAUGAUAUUGGAAAGUCUAAGAAAUCAAAUCAUCUAAUUCGGGAUGAGAAAUCAUACGAUCGUGCAAAACUUGCAAACGAUCAUGUCAAGUUGUUUUCAACAAUAACCAAUGAACAGAAGGAUAUCUACAAUGAGAUAAUGGAUGCAGUUACAAGAGGUAUCGGUGGAAUGUUUUUUGUUUAUGGAUAUGGUGGGACAGGUAAAACGUACCUAUGGAGGCUUUUAGGCGCUGCUCUUCGUUCUCAAGGAAAAAUAGUUCUCAAUGUUGCAUCAAGUGGCAUUGCAGCAUUGUUAUUAGAGGGAGGAAGAACAGCGCAUUCUCGGUUUGGAAUACCCAUAGUUGUGAACGAGUACACAUUCUGUAAUGUGAGUUCUGGAUCACACCAAGCAGAGCUGAUUGAAGCAGCCGAUCUUAUUAUAUGGGAUGAGGCUCCGAUGAUGAGAAAGCAUUGUUUUGAGACAUUGGAUCAGACUAUGCGUGAUAUACUAAAGUGUGAUAAGGUCUUUGGUGGAAAGGUCGUUGUCUUGGGUGGUGACUUUCGACAAAUACUCCCUGUUAUUGUCGGAGGCAAUAGCUCAGAGACUAUAUUGGCAACUGUGAAUUCUUCUCAUAUUUGGUCUGAUUGCAAAGUUUUGCAGCUAAAGACAAAUAUGAGACUGCUUCGUGGCGAUAAUGAUUUUAAUAAUCAAGAAAUUGAAGAAUUCGUCAAGUGGAUCUUGGAUAUUGGUGAUGGAAAACUAAAUAUUCAUGAUACCAUAGAAGAUGAAUUAGAAAUUCCAGCGGAUUUGCUGAUAAGCGGAGAAGGUGAUCCUGUUAAGAGAAUAGUCUCGGAGAUUUAUGGUCAAUCUUACACAACCACUCGUGAACCAGUUUUUUUUCAGGAAAGGGCAAUACUCAGUCUACGGAAUCAGGAUGUCGACGUUAUUAAUGAAUUCAUGCUAUCAGAACUCAAAGGUGAGGAACAUGAAUACCUUAGUGCCGAUAGCAUUGAUACUUCAGACACAAGCAAAAUAGACGAAGUCGUCUAUACACAGGAGUAUCUUAAUAGUAUAAAGGUAUCAGGGCUGCCAAAUCAUUCUCUCAAGUUAAAGAUAGGAGCUCCAAUAAUGUUGCUUAGAAAUAUUGAUCCUAAGGGUGGUUUGUGUAAUGGUACGAGGUUGCUUAUAACUCGGUUAGCUAGGCAUGUAAUCGAGGCAAGCCAUAUAACCGGGAAGAAAAUAGGAAAAAAGGUUAUCAUACCUAGAAUGUUUGUGUCACCACCAGAAGCAAGGUUUCCUUUUAGAAUGCGCCGGAGGCAGUUUCCUAUUACCAUAGCUUUUGCUAUGACUAUAAACAAAAGUCAGGGUCAGACUCUACAAAAGGUGGGAUUAUAUUUGCCAAAGCCAGUGUUCUCGCAUGGUCAACUUUAUGUCGCCGUGUCUAGAGUUACAUCACGCCAAGGGUUGAAGAUUCUUAUUACAGAUAUGAAUGGCAAAGCACAAAAGAAGACAAUGAAUGUUGUUUACAAAGACGUGUUUGAAAACAUUUAUAGAAAUUCGCGAUGCAACAAAACAGGGCACUACGCGUCGGUUUGCCUCCACAGAUUGCUCAAACUUCAGGAAACACAGGAAAAUAAAGACGAUGACUCACAAGAGGCUGAAGAUCUCAUGAUGCAUGAAGUAGUCUUUCUUAACAAAAGAAAAGUGAAGCCAAGUGAGGUCGAAUCAGGUUCAGAUAAGCUAUGGUAUAUAGACAACGGGGCGAGUAACCACAUGACCGGGAAUCAAAAUUGCUUCUCCAAGAUUGACGAGACCGUCACGGGAAAAGUAAGGUUCGGCGAUGAUUCAUGCAUCGACAUAAAAGACAAGGAUCAAUUGUCUAUUUAUGUCAAAACGGUGAAAGAAAAGUCUUGA